UCACCAGAGUUGCAAGUAUUGACGGCAAUAAGAUGUUGGGGACGUCGUGAGAUUCAAGAAGAUGCGGGAGACUUUCAUGGAUUAUCUCAAGCUACUACUAACCGUAUUUGCAACAGGGUGGCGCAGGCGCUAGCAAGACAUUCAUCAGAGUAUAUAAAGAUGCCUACAUCUCUUGCAGAAGAGCAGAGGCUGAUGAUGGAAUUCCGCCAAAUAAGGAACUUCCCAUCAGAAAUUGGCUGCAUUGAUUGUACCCAUAUAAAAAUGGGUGAUGAUGGUGGUGAUUUAGCCCAAUAUUAUGUAAACAGAAAAGGAUUUUACUCUCUCAAUGUUCAGUUUACACCAAUAUUAAAUCCACAUAACCAUGCUGAACAGAAUUAUAAUGAGGCACACAUUGCAACAAGAAAUGUUGUAGAACUCUGUUUUGGUGUAUGGAAACAGCGCUUUCAAUGCAUGCCAAUGAAAUUUGGCAAUGUAAAAACUACUCUUGUGGCACUUGCAGUUUUGCACAAUAUUGCAAUUGUAUACAAAGAUACAAAUGUGGUGGAGGACAAUUAUGAGCUCAGUACUGAAGAGCUACCAGAACAGCCCAGUAACAUGGACUCGAACCAUAGGCGAGGUAGAAAUGCUGCAAUCUUGCAAGGCACUUUAAUGAAUAAACUUCUUCUUACUUGCAGGUAA